AGGGACGGGGGAAAGUCGUGGCGCGUCACGGCGCAUUUCAACUCGCAUCCUCGUCGUCCCGUACGAGUUUUUGACGCUAACGAGCGUUUCGAGAGUUUCGUGGAGCGUCGGAAGUGAAGUAAAUUGUCGGCCGUUCGUGCCAACAUUCGUCGUCAGUCGGAUGCGAUGUAUUGUGCGAAGUUGUGUUGCGUUUAAUCGUGUGUCUUGCAUCUUCUCCGCUCUGCUUCAUAUUCCGAGUUUCCGAUGCAGAAAGAAGAUUAUUGCAAGGAGCAAGUGCAAAUCUCGCGAAGGAAAUGCAGGCUCAAGCUGAAGAAAAAUAUAUCGAUUAUUUUAGAUUGCCACCUCAAUUAUUUGAUGAAUUAUUAAAAUUAGUCGGACCUGUUAUUACCAAAGAAUAAGUAAUUCGUGAUCGUAUUUGCCUAAAACCGACUACGCAGAACACUGCAGUUUUUAGCAUCAGGAGAUAGCAUGAAAUCGAUAUCGUAAUGACAAUUAUUUGAUGAAUUAGUAAAAUUAAUAAAUUAAUUAUUAAUUAAUUCUUUUGUUUUUCUUUGUGACAACACGUGAAAGAUGAAUACAUGCGCAAAAGUUAUUCCGCUGAAAACGGAAAAAGAAAACGACGGAAUCAACGGAAUGAAACCGCUACCAGUCACAAACGUUACGCAGUUCCGUCAUUCCGCAUCCCAUGUGAGCGCAUCCUCCAGCCUCACUUUCGAAACUUCGUCCUGCUUCGUCCUAGCAAGUUCGAGUCGCUCGGCGCUGGCGGCGCCGCGAUCACACCUCACUCCGUUUUGUUGUCGUAUAAGUAAUGUUAAGGUACUGAGUUGUGUUUUUAACAGAUUUUUAGUGAAAUUUCCUUAGUUCCGCAAGUCGCUCGCCGUAGGUCUGUGGAUCGAAGUGCGAGAAUGUUGCGGAAUACGCAAACCCACUUUGCAGAAGUCCGCAACGAGUAGAAGCUGGCGAGGCACCACACCGUGUGGUUACAUUCGAGAUUGAGAUAACAUCUCUGUUAAAUGGUGAUUAUCGAUGCCAUGGAGAGAAGGAUAAAGCUGAAAACUCUAAAUAGUCACAUAACAUGCAAAAUAUGCCGCGGAUACCUGAUUGACGCUACUACUGUCACAGAAUGUUUACAUACGUUCUGCAAGAGUUGUCUAGUGAAACACUUGGAGGAAAAGCACACCUGCCCGACAUGCCAAAUUGUCAUACAUCAGUCACAUCCACUGCAGUACAUCAGCUUCGACAGAACUAUGCAGGAUAUUGUCUACAAAUUGGUUCCUGAUCUCCAAGAAAAUGAAAUCAAAAGAGAAAGAGAGUUUUACAGAGCCAGAGGUUUGCCUUGUCCUAAAGAUAUUUUACCCAAUGCUGCUGAAAUCGAGGAAGAAAAAGCCAACGCAGAUGCACAUGCAGAAACAGAUUAUCAUCGUACUGACGAACAGGUUAACGUAUGUUUGGAAUGUACAAACUCAAGCUUAAAGACCCUAAAAAGGAGAUACAUCAGGUGUUCAGCUCAGGCUACAAUAACACAUAUGAAAAAGUUUAUUGCUAAAAAAGUUUUGAACGGCAUGGAGAAAUAUAGAGAUAUCGAUAUUUUGUGCAAUAACGAACUGUUAGGUAAGGACCACACGCUAAAGUUCGUUUAUGUGACGAGAUGGAGGUUCCGGGACCCACCUUUGAGGCUACAAUACAGAUCACACAUAGAUAUGCAAGACUAACCUUUUUACAUUCGAGAUGUACAAAAAUUAUGAGGGAUAUGCUCCUUUAUUUGUACAUUUUUCUGGUUACAUUCUCGUCUUAACUGUUGUAGUACUUACUUCUACGUUGAUAUUCGCAAAACAUUUGUGUGGAGUUUAUAGAGAAAAAUAUUGGUUUUGCGAGUCAGGGCGACACGUCGAUUUCAAGAUGUGUUAUUCGAUAUUAAUAAUAGCAGGAUUUCAUUAUUGCGUGAUAAUAAUGGGAUCUUCCUAUUGAAUCAAAGGUCAUUCUUGUCAUGUAUCAUAUUGAAUUUUAAGAUUUUAUCUUUAUAACUAAAUCAAUUUGUAAAUCAAGAUUUUCUCAUUAGCGCACUACGUCUGAUUAAUGUUUACGUGUACAGGGAAGUGACAUCUCAAAGAAAGAGGGAAUCUGUAUUUCCAAUUCUUGGUGUGUAAUAUGCAGGGUUGGGAAAUAACGCAUUAGUUCUAACGCCGUUAUUAUACUUUUUUAUGGUAACAAUCAUUACUUUUUUAUAACGGUAACAAUAAUGUCGUCACAUUUUUACAGUAACGAUCACAAAAAUCGUUACUUUCAUCAUUACUUUAUAAAUAUAUAAUACAUGUUUACGAAUCAUAUUCUGGUUAACUAAAACCAUUAUAAAUUUUAUAUUGAACUGAUCAAAUAGGGUAAUAGAUAAAUGUAUGCCACUAACAAAAUUUCGUAAAAAAAGCAACGAAUCGUUACUUUCUGAGUAACGGUGGUAGUAACGGUAACGCGUUAUAUAUUAUAACGCAUUACUUUUAUAAAGUAACGUUUCCAACCUUGAUAAUACAAUAUCUUCUUUCGUAAAUAUUCGAUCAUCACCAUUGUACAGAUUCUGUGCCUGCGCGUCAAGUUUCGGCGGACCAUGUUUCUUCCUCAUAUGCAGAUUCAUGGCGAACGAGUGAGACUUUCUACAUUUUACGACGGUGAAACAAAGCUUCAGGUUCUCAUUUUGUGAAACCGUACAUUCUUUUUAUAAGCACAUACCCUACCUUUGUACAUAGGAUAUUUUUGACAGAACGUGAACAACGUUGCAUGUAGAGAGACGCACAAGCUUUGUAUUAGAUAAAUGAAAGAAAUCGGGUCCGGAUAGUCGGACCUUUUUAACUUUGUAUGUUUAUGCGCCGUACAAUAUUCUAAUCGCGUCCCAAGUUUCUCUCGACGUCGGUUCGUGAUUGGGAAAGAGAAAGAAAGACAGAUAGUAUCAAGUGAUGAAAUAUUUUCAGGAGAUUUGUUGUCGAGCGGUGCCGUGUCGAGCGGAACGCGUGGCGCUCGUCGCUUGUAGUGAACGAUCCCGUUUCAUCCGACGAUCGCUGACGAAAGGUGUGAUUGUAUAUAAACAUUAGGAAAUCGAAAUGCGACUUUUUGCGAUUUUAGCGAUACCGCAAGAACGCUUGUACGUUGUACGCUGUGUAUGCGCAUCUCCAUAAAUUAUUAAAUAAAUAUGUUUUGUACAGUAA